UCAAUAACGAUGAACAAAAGCCUAUUUCAUACUCAUCAAUCACUCAAUCAAUCUCUCUCUCUCUCUCUCUCUCUCUCUCUCUCUCUUUUCUUGAAGCAAACUUCAAUGGCGUCCACCAAUCGCAAUUCCCAAACCUAAACCCAAAUUCACUGUAAAUGUAAACCAAACACCACCACCAACAAUUCAAUUCAAUUCAAUCCAAUUGAAUUCCGAUUGUAACGGCUACAGUAGCUUCUGGCAUUUCUUGGACGCCAAAACCCGCGAACUCGCCUGACUGCCUGUCUGCUUUCUCUGCCCUCGUUUUCGUCUCCAUUCUGUGAGUCUUCCGUGAUUUUCCGAUCCUGACAACUUUUUCCGCACUGUCUUUCUUUCCCUGCUUUUUGUCGUGGAGCUCUGAAUUUUCCCCUUCUUCUGGUCGAUGGCGUGAUGAAGCUGAAAAUAGUUCACCAGCAUCAGGACAAUCGCGCCAUGAAGGAGGACUUGGAAUUGCCUCCAAUGGAGUCGCUGCCGCCGGCCGAGAAUCUCCGGCCGAUGGAGGCUGUCCCCGUCUCGUCCUUCAACCCCGCGCUUGUUGUUGCCGGCAAGAGGAAGCGGAAGCCGAAGGAGCUGAUCGACGAUGUUUCCGCCAUUGUUAGAGCUAGGAAGAGGAAGUCCUCUUCUUCGAAGUUGAGAAAUGGGACAUCUUUCGGCAGAGCGACAUUCUCAAGCAGGAGUAAUGUUGGUGGAUCGAGCACGCCGGCACAAUUUAAAUCAGCAACCAUGAUUCGAGCCGAGGAGGUUCAAAAGAGUUUAGGCGACGAACACCCUACAUUUUUGAAACCACUGGUCAGAUCGCACGUCGGCAGUUGUUUCUGGAUGGGUCUUCCCGUGCUUAUCUGCAAGGUCCAUUUACCGAGUAAGGAUGCUACCGUUGUUCUUGAAAAUGAAGACGGUGAGGAGUUUCCGAUCAAAUAUAUUGCACACAAGACGGGGCUAAGUGCCGGGUGGAGAAAGUUUGUCGCUGGGAACAAAUUGCUCGAAGGAGAUGUUCUGAUCUUUCAGCUCACCAAACCUUGCCGGUUUAAGGUUUACAUAAUUCGGGCGAACGAUCUGACCGAGGUGGAUGGCGCCCUUAGCCUCCUUAUAUUGGAUUCGCAAACGAAACAAAACGAUUCCGGCUACAAGGCGGAAGGGAUUGAUUUACGACGACGUAGCAAGAAGAGACAUCCAAAAUCGCUUCCAUUGACAGACCUGCGGAUGAAAAAUCACGAAGAACGGCAAUCGCCGUCUCGUCCCGAGCAUUCCGGGAAUGACAGCGACGAGGUUGCCUCGGAAGUCUUGGAGGGCACCAAGUUCUCCAGAGCUUCGUUAAAUCUCAACGACGUUAAAAGCUUCGAGGACUUCCGCAUCAUCGUCAACGGUGCGUGCAUUGACUCCGAGCUCCCGGAAGACAUCCGUCAAAAAUACUACGAUCUCUGCUGCAGUAAGAAUGUGUUGCUCCACGAGCAUCUUCUCCCGGGUCUUUACACCAAGCUAGCUGCCGGCGUAAUCGCGGAAACCGUCAACACUGCCGAUCUCAUACGUUCUUGCAAACUGACGACCCCGAGAAGGGAUUUCGACGUGUGGGAGAAGUCUCUGAGAUCGUUCGAACUCCUGGGGUUGAACGUCGGAUUCUUGCAGUCGCGCCUGCGGCGGCUGCUCGACCUGGCGUUCGAAUCGGACGGGUCGACGGAGAUUCGGAGGUACUUGGAAGCACAGAAGGAGCAGGGUCGAACGGAAAUUGAAAUUCAAGAACUUGAAGCGAAGCUCGGGGAACUGAGAGAGAUGCUGGCGAAAUACGACUGCGACGUGGAGAGUUUGAAGCGCCGGGCGGAGAGUUACGAGCGACGGUUUCUAGAAGAAGCCGAUGCGCCGUGGUGAAAAAAGAGUUGGAACUUUAGGUUAAUUAGCUGUUUUUGCAGCCACUGUUGAAGUUUCUUGAAUUGAUUGUUGUUGUUAUGUUUGUGUAUGUAUUUAUGUGUUUGUUUUUGGAUAAUCUGGUCUGGUCUGGUCUCAUCUGAUCUUGAUUUGGUUUGUGGUGCUGUUAGGAAAGUGUCAAAAUCAAAGGCUGGAGGAAGUUGUACUUGUUUAAUUUUGUUAAGUAGAUUAACAAGUUAGGGAAUGGUUCAGUGGUGACAUGGGUAGUCUAUAUAUAUAGAUAAUU